AUGGAGUCCUGGCAGCUCGCGAAUGCCGCUUUCUUUGCCGGAAAUGUCCUUGCAGUUCGCAGCAUUCCGCGGCUGGAUGCUUCGCAGAACACCAUGCUGAUGCCGCUGAACUACCUCACGCCCGCACCCUACGCCUUCGCAAUUUGGGGUGUUAUCUACCUCCUUGAAUUCUGCUUCACGCUGUGGCAACUCUGCCAGUGCCCUCGCCGGCUCGGUGCAGAGUCCAGACGGGUUACGAUGCUGAAGCGCAUGUCGCCCUUCUGGUGCAUGGCGAACGCCUGCCAAAUCUCCUGGUGCUUCAGCUUCCGAUCGCAGUUUGACAGCCCAGGUCUGCUUUGGAUCAGUGCCGUGUUUCUCUCUGGAAUCGCCAUCUCCCUGGGUUUGGCGCACUACGAGGUGAUCUCCGCUCGGCGCGCCAAGGGCUCUGGCUACAAGUCGCUAGACCUCCAGUCGGCCUUCUUCGUCUAUGUUCCUAUCACCUUACAUUUCGGCUGGACCACUGCCGCCUCGUUGGUGAACUGGAACGGUUGGAUGGCGCGGUGCAAUGUGGAUUUGCAGUGGUCGGCGUGGCCGCAAACCGUCUUCCUGUACAUCUCCUUGGCCCUGGCUGGCUUGCUCGGUACCGGACUAUCACUUCGACGGAAGAGCGAGCUCUAUGCUUUUACCGUCGCUUGGGCUGUGUUCGCCGUGGCCAACAGAUCCCGGACGUCCACACAGCUACGCGACGCGUACCCCGGUGGCGAGGACGCUGUCCUUUUCCUUUCGAACGUCGAGUGGGCCCUGGGAGCCUGGCUGGUUAAGGCCGGCUUGGUUGCAGGAUUUCUCCGGAUUCGCGAUCGCGCGCAGCCUGCUCUGCAGAAGGGCGGGGUGCAGUACGUCGCGCAGGAGCCCGCUGACGACAUCAAGAACUGA